UUUUUUUACUUGUCAGUUUUACUUUCUUCAUUACAUUUUCAUUUGUCCGUGACAUGUCAGCUUUUAAGCGAGCAUCAAAAAGUGAAGAUAAUAUUGGGUAAUUUACAUCGUAAUACAAUGUGUAGUAUGUACCUUCGCCAAAAUUUGCAUGUUAUUUUAAAUUUUGUUAUUUCAUCGUGUUCGUGCUAAAAUGCAUUCAACUCGUAAAUUUUUCCUAUGUUAUUUGCUGUUGAAUUUUAUUGGUUUCUUUUACCAUCGAGUGGAUUUUGUUUCGGCUGGAGACGAAAACAAACUCCCACUCGAGAAAAAUAUUAUCAAUGAUGUGUCGACGUCUCAUGAUUCUACAAAACCUAUCGAGAAUGCAGAAAGCUCAACACUUUCAGAGGUUUCGGGUGUUUCGAAUUUUAUAAUCAGAACAGUAAAAAAUGCUAUCACAAGUAGCUGUAAAUUCAGCAAAUCAGCGAAACCGUUGACUUUUUACGCCGCGUUAGACGAAGUAUGCCUAUUGAAUCGAACGAGUAAAUCCCUUGAAGUGACCAUUCUGAAUCCUGUAACUGUUGCAACUAUGACAGGAGGUAGUUUAGGACACGAUAUUUACGAAUUCAACAACUACCAAUUUUAUUGGCAUGAUGCGCCUUGUAAUGCGACUCAUCAUUUGGAGGCGCGAGUUUAUUAUCGUAAUUUGAAAUACGAUUCGUUUGAUGAAGCUUUGGAUCAUCCGGAUGGAGUAGUUGUCGUUAAUUUCCCCAUCGCUACCAAUAGUGAUUUCCCUAACUGGAAAUUCGAUCAGUUUUCUCACGUACUACAAGAGGAAUUGAAAGGACCAGAAUGUCAUGCCAAAAUUAAAAGCUCAUUCACAUACAUGUGGUUUACGAAUUUCGCGCACGGGGGUGUUUAUCACACCUAUCGAGCGAAAUAUACCGAUACUAAAACUGGGAAAAUUGCCACUGUCAAGGUUAUGGAUUUACCUAUGGAUCCGCGUGUGAAUUAUAUUUCGUGGGAGCAGUUUCAAAGUACUUUUGGAAGCAUGACCGACCUUCUGGAGCAUGUAAACAAUCUGAAACCUGAAAAAGGUGAUGAUCCGCCUGAGAGGAGUCAAGGAAUUCACGUUAUGUACUUGCACGCAUGAGCAGUUGAGCAUGAUCACUCGUUCGCGAUCUAUGCUUUCUAUUGUUUAGGAUAUUAUUUAAUUUGGUAUCUACUUUAUUAUACGACUUGAGUAUAGAUGUCCAAAUUCGGAUUCAAAUUUCUUUAUUGCAAUAUGGCAAGCCAUCUUGAAACGUCUUUAAAUAAUAUACGUCAUACUUAGUGAUAGUGUUAUUUCAAAAUACAAAUUUUGUGAUUUA